CGUCAUUCUUCUCACUCAUUUCAUUCACAAAAAGAAAAACCUUUGGAUGGGAAAUUCGCUUGUCUGAUAAUGAUUAUUUGACAAACUACAAUGUUAAAUUAGUUAGAAACAACAAAUUGAACUGAAAAAAUGGUUACUAUAAUAAAAAAUCAGUUGCUGAAACAUCUAUCCAGGUAUACGAAAAACUUAUCACCGGAACAGAUCUCUCUGUCGGCUCUUAGGGGCUCUGGGGAGCUCCAGGACCUGACACUAGAUGAGGAUCUUCUGACUGACCUUCUAGAAUUACCUGGCUGGGUGCGGCUCACUUCAGCUAAGUGCAACAGAGCCUCCUUCAGGAUCCAAUGGACUAAGCUCAAGACAGUUCCUAUAGUACUGAAUUUGGACGAGGUGCACAUAGCGCUAGAGGUAUGUGCGGAGCCUCGCGUAGUGAAUCCAAUGGCGGCCGGCGACGCUCCUAUACCAGGGAAAUAUAGCUAUAUCCACAAGGUGAUCGAUGGGAUAUCAGUGGCUGUGAACCAAGUGCAAAUAGACUUUAAUUGUGACGCUUUCACCAGCAGUGUUCAGAUCUCAAGAGUGACAGUGGAGUCCCGGACACCUGACGGUCGAAAGGGAGACCUAAGAUUGACUAGACUCAAAUCGCCCGACACAGGACAGCUACUAAUUUUUAAGGAACUAGAAUGGCAGAGCGCUCGUAUAGAAGCCAAGGCGCAUGGGUCGCUGGGCGCCAACUUACCGCCACUGCGCUUGCUGUUAGGCAACACCCACUGCAGAAUUGUCAUCAAAAAGAGAUUGUCAGAUUGCGCGGUGUUAGGCUCACGCUUGGCCAUCCGACCGGAGCCGGUGUGCUGGACGCUGACGGACGGACAGCUGCGCGCGGCGCUGGCGUGCGCCGGCGCACUGUCCUCGCCCGCGCGCCGCGCCACCGCCGCCAAUACCAGGGCCAAGGCUGUCAGGAAGAUCGAAGAACCGCGGGAACAGAUCCAAAGUAGGGCGUCAACGGGCGGUGAUCGAGACAUGUUGGCCCGCAUGUUCGCCAAACACGACGUGCGAGAAACGUCAUACCACCUCCUAGCGCCGAGGAUAGACUUGCAUCUAUACGAUGACCCUGGGCUGGGUCGAUCAGAGAAGCCUUCGUUAUCAAACGGCGGCGCGUUGCAAGUGACUCUAGUUAGUAUGCAAGCGGAUCUAUUCCCGUACCAUAAGGCUACCAAUGACAGGAGACAUUGGAGGGGAUACAGGGAAGCUGCAACACCGCACAGCCAAUGGUUGUCACAAGCGUUGUCCUCAUUUUGUACAACCCUAUUGGAUACUUUGGACCCUCGACCUUUGACGCCUAGUAAUAAGCCGCCGUGUCAACCUGACAAUAAGAAAGAGAAGUCAGAAGAGCCGUUGUCCAACGGCAUCAACCAUAAUCAACCAAGUGCUUCCAGUACUCCGUCUGCUAACACCACUACCUCACAUUCUCAAGCGUCACCAACGCGCACGCGCAUCUUAGAGCAACUAGGGAAACUCAUGACCACGUGCCUCGUGCUUAGAGUAGACGAUUUUACUGUUUAUAAGGUGUCGACUGGAUCGAAAUCGAGGGAGGCUCCACGGCCACUGAUCAGCGCUGAGAAAGCCACUUUACCAGGAGACGCGGGAUUACUGCAUGCAGAACUUACCUUCUUCUAUUAUCCUGGAGAUGUGUGUUUUCCUGUGCCGGCGCCAAAACUGUACGUGCAAUUAUCUCCGGUGAGAAUAGCGCUGGACAGCAACAGCGUGGUGUGGCUGGGCGCCUUCCUGCCGCACGCGGCCGCCGCGCUGCGGGGCGCUGCGGGCCCGCGGGCCUACGUCGACGUCCGCUGUGAGGCCAUCAUGCCCAAGAUAGUUUUAGAAGCCGGUUUAGAACAUGUCUCUCAACAAAGAGACAGACCGAAGGAGUUGCACAUUUGUACCGCCAGAGCUACUCUCACAAACGUGCGGGAAUCGGCGAGAACCACCGGCGCCGGCACCCGAGCGGACCUAGCGUCUAUAUUGUCAGCGUUGAGGAGAACAGCGCCACCUCGCGGACAAUUCCCUUGCUCCGCGGACGACUUGGACCCUAUACAUGAACAGUUUAUACUUCAUGCCAAUAAUUUGGACGACAUCGACAGAGGCACAGCGAUAUCCCCGGAGCUGACGUGGCGCGAGAGCCGCAGCGUGUGGUGCGCGCGCGCAGAGCCGCUGUGGGCGGACUGCAGCGGCGCGCGCGCGCUCGCGCUCCGGCCCGCGCCGCUGCUGGACGCCACGCCCGCUACCGCUUGGAUAUGCUUUGACGAUGAUUUAUCGCAAAUAUCGAUCGUGGGUCGAGCGUCAGGACUGGCGGGGCUGCAGCUCAACCACUACCAGAUGCUGUUCCUGCUGCGGCAGCUGGAGCGCAUCGCCGACAUGGCCGCGUGGCUGGCGCACGAUGCUGACCGCCAGCCGGCUGACAAACAGGGAGCAAUAGUAGUAGGAUUAGUGGUCCCGGCAGUAGAGUUGACAUUGGUGCUGCCAUCCACCUGUCCGGGGCAGGAGUCCUCGCGGGACCUCGACAGCGUGCCUCUCGACUCCUCCAGCCUGCAGGAUAUGAAGAUGGGUUCCGAAGCGACAAUGGCGCCAUCUGUGCAAGACCGCGACAGCGGGGUAAUGGCCACCGCUUCGGUGGAAGUGUUCACGGCGCAGCCCCUUCCAGCCGACGAAGUCCAUCCACCUAGUCCUGGACUCGGUUUCGGCGGUUUCUCAUCAAUGCGCCGCGGCUUCAACUCGCUAGUGACGUCCAUAGACAGCGCCCUGGCCAGAGACGACGGCCGCAGCGACGCGGCGUCCACCGCCAGCUCCGACAGCGACCGCUACGUGCUGGUGGGGCUGGCGGCCGAGUCGCCCGACGAUGCUGACGUUGCCUUCAGGGAAUUCGAACACGGCCGAGCGUCAAGCGGAGUGGAAGUGGCGGCCGAAGUAGUAGAACGAUCAUCGUCACCCAGCGACCAUUCUGUCACCAGCUCCUGUCGGAGAAGAGACGUGAUAUCAACGUGCACAUGGCGUCUGAACAACAUCCACAUCAUCCACCAGAGCGCGUCCGGGCGCUCGAGCACGAGACUCGCGGCGGACGAUCUCCGCACCGACGAGUGCGGCGCCAUACCCUGGGACGAAUUCCAGAACAAAUUCUCGAUGCGUGCGCGCGCGUUCUCCGAGCCGUUGUUGGAUGAGAGUGACGAGUUGACGCCGCGAGAGACGCCGAAGGUCGCAGCUAGGCUCGUGAGGACACAGCUUCCGAGGUUGCUUGAUGAUAAGGGGGAACCAACAGGCCUGGCUCCCUUCGACGAGCUUCUAGAAGCACGAGUGCGGGAGUUGAGCAUAUCCCUCAAUAUGAGUACCGCGUUAGCGCUAGCAGAAUUCAUUGAGGAUGAAGUUGUGGUGCCACCUAUGCCUUUAGAAGUACUAAUAGACAACGUAAAACUCCAUUUAAUAGAAGACCGACCCACCCGUUCCAUAUCCUCCCCGCCGCCACAACCCCUAGAUAUCGACUUAACCACCCUCAGACUGACCCGCGACACCGCCGGCGUGGUUAGUUUAGGACCGCCCGUGUCGACCCCCUCCACUGUGGCGUCUCCAGCCACCCCGCAACCGCAACCGGAGUUAGAUGAAGCGAGAGUGCAGAUAGAUAGACUGAAUAAGGAGAAUGAGGAGUUGAGGAAGAGAUUGGUUACCUUGGCAAGGAUAGCGGAAGAUAAUAGAGAAUUGAGAGCGAGAGUGGAAGAGGCGUCAGUGUUGCGGCAAUGCGUGCACGCGGCGCAGGCGGAGGCGGCCGCGCUGCUCAGCGACAAGCAGCAGCUGCUGGAGCACAUGCGGCUUCUGCAGGAACAACUAGGAUGCCGCGGCAAGAGAUAGCGGUCCCGCAGCGGGCAGCAAUGCCUCGACUGCACCGCGUGCUGCGGACACCGGCAGGACUAGACUUGCACACACUUAACUAAUUGUACCCAGCCAUCAGUCUGCGUAGCGUGGACGACGGACCGACGCUGAGAAACUACGAGAAAUCUAUCUAAAAAAAAAACUUAUCAAAACGAUGAUAUUUGUAGGUAGAUGUGUUACUUGGACUGUUUCUAGAGUCAUAUUAAGAAAUACUGAGAAACUUAAGCAAUAAACAUUAAAAGCGUUGGCUUGACUGCACUGCGUGCUGCGGACACUCACUAAUUGUACCGAGCCCUCGGUCUGUGUAGCGUGGACGACCGACUAAUGCUGAGAAACUACGAGAAACCUAUACAAAUGUAGAUAAAACUUAACAAAAUGGUCAUAUGGUAAAUAUAAUCUUUAACUGUUGCAAGCUACACAAGUUUCUUAGUAUUUCUCAGUGUGUAAGAAAAUUAAGCAAUAGCCUUCUGAAGUUAGGUCUCGAGAUUGAUCCCAAUGCUACUAGACUGAAUGACAUUAUUGGUACACAGGUACACACGAGUCUAUCGUGGAUGGUGAUUUGUUGCUGUCCAUGUACUGAGAAAUAUUCGAGAAAUGUAAAGAAAAGUCUUAAAUGUAUCUAAUGUAGCAUAUUGCUUGGUUAAACUAAAAACACCACGAUUUUGUAGGUAGAAAUGAAUCAAGAUAUCAUUGUCGAUCGACUAUUGAUUUUCAUGUAUUGAGAAAUAGUCUAAUGUAUCAGACUAACUCGGCUCGGGAGCUAUAGUGACUAGAGAAGAGUUGAAUAAUUUUUCCUUUUAUUCGAAAGAAAAUUAAGACCUAUUUCGUUCAAAACCGGCGUCCGCCUGUGAUUGCGUUUAGUGAUGAGACAGCCUGUUUUACUCCUAAAGGUCUGGGGGCUCACCAUCAUCUCAUAACGCGAUCCAGUUUACGACCUAAGCUGAACUGCAUCGCAAAUUCGUACCAUCGACUUAAUUUUUUGUAUGAAUGCGAUUCAUUUUAGGUGCCUAAAUUGUAUUGAGUUGCAUUGGAAUCGUUCUGUAAAAGUUGAUGGUAGGCCUUCUGGUCUAACUCUGUGCUAAAUUUAAUCAAAAUCGGUCAAGAAGGUUUUUUGGCGCAACACAAAUGUAAAAUCAUAUCAGAUAAUGUUUUGUCCUCAUUUUAGUGUACAAUAUUUGGCAUUUAAAGAGCAAUACAGAAAAUUUUUUAAUUAAUACGUUAUUUAAAAUUAACACGAUGAAAUGAAGUAGUACUGAAUAAAUUUAUUAUAAGCCCAAAAUAUAUUGGGAAUUGUGAUUUUGUUACAUCAUAAAGUACUUAUUGAAUGCAUUUAAUGAAUUCGAAAAUAUAUUACAUAACUUUUAAUUGUGCAUAACAUUUGAAUCAGCUGAUGACAUAUCGGGUUAGGAAUUUGAAGGCUGCGUAUUCGUAAAUAAUAAUAUGGGCUUUAAAUUCAUGGACAAAAGAUAUAUUUUACAUUGACACGCACACUUCCUAUUUAUCAUCCGAUUUUGUCACUGUAAAAUUUAUGUUAGGUAUAGGAUUUGAAAGUGCAUAUUCGAUUGCAAGUGCCAUAGGCUGGUGUCUAUGUAUUCUAAAAAUAUUCUACUAUUUAAAAAGCCCUUUCAAAUAUGAAUAUGUUGCCUCUAAAGAAAUAAAUUAGACAAGUACACGUUAAUCCCUUGAAAUGAAAUGAGAGUCCCAGUAAUCUCGUAUAUUUUAUUAUUAGCCUAAUAAUAAUUGACAGUGCGCAUGCGCAAGUUGAUUGUAUAUCGUCGUUUAACACCAAAAUUUUCUAUUGUAUUUAAAUGCCUGGGCCUUUGAAUGUACAGAAAACAAUGAAAAAUUUAGUUAAUUAUUUGGAAUAGCGUGAGUAUUCCGUAGAUAGACAAAAAGUUAACAUCAAAACAAAACUAUCGAUCUUUAAUAUCAAUUAGAAUAUCUUCUUAGGGAAUCGACUCGGGCGUUCAAAUUUAUAAAGACCUCGCUAAAGCAUUGUCUGGGGCGUUGUAUAGGUCUGUGAUGUAUUGAAUAGAAUAUUGAUAGUGCUAGCGACUGUAUUGUGUGUUGCAAGAAUUUAAAAAGUAUCCAUAAUAUUGUCUCUUUGACCUAUCGAUUUCGUCAGCCCGUGUCUGUUGCUAUCUUUAACUAUCGAUAGUCUAUCGAAAUACUAUUCAGCCAAAUUGCCCCAAAUUUAUAUAAACAUGCGUGGUAAAAUGACUUUUAAAAUUGCAUAAACUAAAAAGUUCUAUAUUUAUCUCUUGGCCCUUUCACAACCACCCAUUCCUAUAACAUAGAGAAAUAUGUCAGAUUUUAUUGUGUUUGAGAAGAAAUAUAUAAAGUGUCUUCAAAUCAACAUAUAUGUAGAAUAUUCAAAGGCCCCUGGUACAUUUUAGACCUAAGAAACAAUGUAAUAUAUACAUAUUUUUACAUAAUCCGUUGCCAUAUGAUGUUAUAUAUUCAAAUUGUAUAUAAAACAACUUGCUCUGUGUGUCGUAUUCGAUAUUGAAUUGUCUAUGGAUUUGUGUAAUUAAGUAUUUUAAAACAAAUAUUUAUCCAACAUAAAGAAAUGUCCUUUUUCAUAAUCUUUUGUUGGAUGUUGCUGUUAGUUUUUGCGAUUUAAAAAUCAAAUCAAAUCUUAUCUAUUUAUUAUUGGAAAAUUUUAAUAUCAUAUUUAUUUGAUAAUCAAAUUUAUUUGAUUCUUUAAAUUUCCAUCAUUAUUUUUGUGCCAAAAUUACAGACUGGUUUUAAAAUAUAUCCCUGUUAUUAAUAAAAACGUUGAAGCAUACUUUAAUUUAAAGAUAUUUUGUCUCUUUUUGCCAUAGUCAAAUAUUAUAAAGUGCGAAAGUGACAAAACAUACUUUAAAUUAAAUUAUCCUUUAACCUUUUGUAUAAAUAAAGGGCUGACUGUAAAUAAUUUUUAAAGUAAAUAAUUUUUUAAAAGUAAAUAAUUUUUUAAAUUUUUAAAGUUCUAUUUUUAAAAGCGAUUUUGUAUAUAUUUUUUUUAUAAUUUUCAUUUUUUUUAUGCAAAAUAGUUUAUUUUCUCGUGUAUCUAGUGUUUAGUGAUAGUUGUAAAAUUUAGUGAGAUUUUUAGAUAUGUCUUUUUAAAGAUUUUGAAAUAUAAAUGUGUGUGCAUUGAUUCACUUGUUAUGAAAUUGCAAUGUAUUGCAUUUUGUGUAGCUAUGAACUAAAAUAUAGUAUGUACAGUUAUAUUUAUCCAAUUUUUACUAUAUAUAUAUGUUAGGAUUACUGACAAGUGUGCCUGUAUUAUUAGUUAGGUACUUAUAGUUUUGCAGACUCCAGUGUUUUGUAUGUAUCAUGUAUUGAAAUUUUUCUGUUAAAAUGUAUUGUUGAAGUCUACGGAAACCACAUAAUAAUAACAGUGUAGCUUUGAAUGACA